UCACUUGACGCCAGUGGGAGAAGUGUGAUCCGUUACUCUACCAACUACUGGUGAAUGUGAAUUAUUCAGAUAAACAUCACUCAUAAAACUUGUUUAAACUUUAAAAAUUAAAAAUUAUUUGAGUGGUGAAAUGAACUGGUUUCACUGUAACAACUGUUUUGUGAGCGAAGGGAAACAAUUCGUUGUGUCUAGCUGUGGCCAUAUAUUUUGUGAGACCUGCGAAAAUGCAAGCCAGUGCAGAGUUUGUCAUGCCAACUGUAACUACCUACGCAUAUCUGAUCAGAUGAAGCCUCAGGAAAAGAUGUUUUUCAAUGAUCCAGUAAAACUCGUUCAGACUCGUCUGGAACAUAUUGAAAAGAUAGCUAAAUUUCAGAAAAGGCAGAAGGAGCGAGUCAUCGCUUUCUUAAGAAGCAGGUCUGCGGAACUGGAACGAAAGCUGAAAGAAGUUCGUGAUCAGUGCCACAGGCAAGUCUCUGAGCUGAAACUAGAGAACGAAGAACUAAAGAAGCCGCUUUCUCAGAGGAGGACAUCUCCUGGGCGGUUUCCGAUUAAUGGAGGAACUCCAAGAAUGAUUCUUCCUGUGGCUGUCACAUCACCAGUCACACCUCGCUCUAGACCUGUCAGUUCGAGUGACACUUUGGAGAGGUUUAGACAUUCCAGACUAGGCAUGACAACACCCCCAGGGUCAUCUAUCUCAAUGUCAGGCAUGAGUUCAGUACAUAGUUUCAGGACACUCAGCUCAGUUAACACUCCUACAAGGUCCCAACAAACAACCCCAAACAACUUUCAGUUCCAGCUUCUGGCUAGACCUACACUCCAGUCUCCACGGCCAUAAUCAAUAACCAUUUGUAGAUUAUACAGGUCAUCAUUAGAAAGUGACUUUAUAACUAAUGCAGCAACUACAUCACCCAAUAGAUGGGUGCCCAAUAUUCUUUGCAUCAUAUAAGUAGGAAAACAAUUAUAUUGGCCUUCUUUUAUUUGAAAAAUAAUUUUAAGUUGAAUUAAAUGUGACAAAUAAAAGUCAUAAAUGUGUUUAUUUU